AGGAUUCCAGAGAUGCUGAGGACGCCGUGAAGGGGAUGGAUGGAAAGUGAGUCAGCUUGAGUUCUAUCUGCCUACCUUUGCCAUGGUGCACAUUUGACCCCCCUGACCUCUUCAGGGAGCUCAGCUCUGUAAGGGGUGCUCUGCGGGACCCGCAUCCGCGUUGAAAUGUCAAACGGGAUGUCCCGGAAGUCUCGCUUUGGUCGGCCGAGCCGCAGACAGUUCGAUCCAAAUGACCGUUGCUACCAGUGCGGAGAAUGUGGCCACUACGCCUACGACUGCUACCGCUACAACAAGAGAGGCAGCCGACGCAGCAGGUCUCGGUCCAGGUCCCGUGGUCGCCGCUACUCUCGCAGCCGUAGCAAUGAGCGGAGAUACCGUUCCCCAUCCUACUCCAGACGAAGGAGCAGGUCACCAUCCGCGGGCCGGUCCAGAUCCAGAUCGCCAGUCCGGCGUGAUCGCUCCCCCGUGCGCAGAUCCAGAAGCCCUGCUAGGAGGUCCAGAACGCCAGUCCGCAGGAGCAGUCGUUCCCGCUCUCGUUCCCGCUCCGGCUCCAGACAGAGCGCGCGCAGCGCGUCCAGAUCCCGCUCCCGUUCCCGCUCCCCCAGCAGCAAAAGAGACAGCCGUUCUAGGUCUGCCAGCCCGAGAGCCAGCCCCACACCAGACGCUGACUGAUGAGGGGUCGACGUUUCACAUCUCCACUUCGUCCUCUGUUUCUCUCGUUCUGACCUCUGGGGCCGUUUUACGGCUUAUUUUCUCUCUCUGCUCUGGAACGAUAAAGUCCCCUCCACUGGCCUCGUGUUCAUCUCCCAGCGCUGGUUUCAUUACGAGUUUUUGUUCUAUUUUAAUGACCAGCGUUUUCCCGCUUUUCAGUUUCAAAUGUAAAUCUCUACAUCUGCGUCUUACUGCAUCUUUCUGAGACCCCUGUCCCCCCCCCAGACUUUUUGUUCCACGUUUUCUCUUAUGUUUAGUUUACACUUUUAAAUGAUUUUAAGGUGUUAUUUUAAAUUUCUGGUCUGUUGUGAAUGUGGCUAGAGGGGGCAGUCAGCAGUGUUGUGGUGGAUCAGUGUCUUGUGCGUAUAUAAAAAAAGAAAAAUUAGCUAUGGUCAGAGUCGGGCUUGAAGUAUUUUUUUUUUUUCCCUCCUCCUCCUUUGAAAGUGGCAAUGAUCUUUUUAAUAAAGUGAAUCUUUACACA